CAGCCGGAGAGGAGAGGCGCGCUGGGCGAGAAUAACCUGCUCUAAGACAUGAAGGAAGAAACACCGGGACGAGAUCCGAAAUGCAAAGAAUCCCUGCUGGAGAGGAAGAUGCUUAGAUCAGAUGUAUAAGAUUUUUGCAGUUAAAUGAAACACACAGGGAGGAAAAAUAAUCGGACGUUUUAAAAUAGAGAAUUACGCACGAAGCGCCGUUCCAAGGUGAACCAACUUUUACGCGCAGACCUUUGGAGAUGCGAAUUACACUUAUGACGAAAAAGCUGCAUUACUGACAAAAUGAGACACGAUUUUCGGAGCGGGAUUUUAAAAUCAGCUUAAUUUCGACCCUAAUGUUGUCUGGAAAGUGGACAUUUCAAACACUUUGGCAUCAUUUUCUUUCCUUGAAUGACAAACUCGCAUGGGCUCACUUGAACUGCAUUCUGAUACAGUGGGGAAUGCGUAUAUAGGAGCUGCCGGCCGUCUAUUAUCGCCGUGCAUUACGCACUGUGCCGACUGAGCGCUACACUACCUUUGACAUCUCCUAAAGUGAGUUUUCAAAACAACGACAUGGUGAGAGUCAGACGUCUAGCCCCCGCGUGAGUCACCGUGAGCAAACAUUUGGACGAUCUGCUUUUAUUGCCCGUGACACAUUUGGGAUAUUUAACAGUGCGUGCUUUGCGCCAGCGGCCGGCACACGCCACCGGGACGAGGCGCGCUGCGGGAUCGGACUCCGAGCUGCUAAAUGCCCGGCCGGCCGCCUGCGGCUCCUCAGGCUGGGCGACAUGAGGUCCUGGCUGCUGCUGCUGCUGCCGCUGCUGCUGCUACUGCUCACGGCCGAGCUGCGGCUCGGGAGCGCUGAGGGCGAUCCUCUUCCUCCGUCGCUGGUCGACCUGGUGAGAAACUCCCCCAUCUCCUCUGUGGAAGACCUGAAGCUGCUGCUGCAGGAGGAGACCAAUGCAAUAGAAGAUGAAGAGGACGAGCAUGAUGUUCACCCAAACCAGAACCAUGGUCGAUACAUCAGAAGUCUUGUAGAAGCACAACCAGCCCAGCAGGCAGCCUGUAAAGUUCGAACUGAGGUGAUGGAGGUAACGAGGUCCAUGCUGGACCGCCGCAACGCCAACUUCCUGCUGUGGCCGCCAUGUGUGGAGGUGCAGCGAUGUUCAGGCUGCUGCAACACCAGGCUGCUGCAGUGUGUCCCCAUAGUUACCUCCAGCAGAUACCUGCAGGUUAUAAAAAUUCAAUACAUAAACCGGAAAGCCCACUAUGAAAAAGCUAUCAUCUCGGUGGAGGACCACGUCAGCUGUAGGUGCCAACCCUCCUCCUCACCGUCUUCGUCGUCUUCGUCCUCCACUGUCCCCAUCCCUCACUCUUCCACUCAGAGUAACCCCAACACCCUUUCACCACCCCAGCAGCAGCCUCCCCCCUCCUCCCACCUUCCCCUGCCCCUUCCCCGGCCUGCUCACCCUGCCCCGCCCAAGACUCAGACCUCCAAGGCUGAGCUCCAUCGCCAUGACGACCUUAAGUACAACCAGCAGCAUUAUCACUCUGAGGAGCGCGAGCCAGUGUCGAAGCAGUGGCAGCAGGGCAGUUACACGCAUCUGGUGCACUGGACGCAGCCCAGGGUGCAUCAGGGCCCCACACACGUGCAAGCAGGAGUGCGACAGACUAUGACCGGGUUGCUCGGACAGGUCAACGGCUGGCCGUCUGAAGCCCGGGCGGAGCACAGUGUCAUGGGAAGUGCGCAGCAGGUGGGGCCCGGGAGUGGCUCCGACGGAAGCAGGGAGGAGAGUGGAGUGCAUGCAUCACACAGUGGGGGUGAAGUGCACCAUCCUGAUCACGCGCAGAGGCAACAGCAGCUGUUACAGCACCAGCAGAGACAGCAGUAUCAGUAUCAGCAUCACCCCCACUAUCCACAUCAGUACAACCACCGAGGAGCAGAGGAUCGAGAGCUGAGAAUGAAGAAUCUGCUCCGCGCUCCUCAGUCAGACAGCGCUACACCUGCGGGCAGCCCGACCCAGCUACCCACAUUAGCAGAAAACUCCACAUCUACCAUUGAAAAAGACUCAGUGACCAUUCAAAAAAAUACACAGGUCACAAAUCACAGACAGACAGAGACUGAGAGAAUCAGUGAAAUAGAAGGUAAUGCGAGGGAGGAAAAUGGGUCGGCCAACAGCGGGGACUCAGCUGGGCCGGAACAGGCCAAUCUGGCGAAGGAGAAAGACUCUAAAGUGAGCAGUGAUGAGGGUCGUUUAACAGAGGAGGAGAGGAGACAGAAGCUUCUGGAGAUGGUACAGAAGGAUCCAGAUCAACCAUUUCUUCUUCAUCCACAACAUCCUCAUCAAACACCAAAGCCAACCACAUUUAAAACAGCAUUAUCCACUGUAGCUCCCUUGUCGGCGUCAGCCCGCCAGGCACCGUUCCGACCCGCUUCACCUCGUCGCAGGAGAAGACGCCGCAAGCGCAUCAGCAAAGCUGCUAUGAGAGCCAUGAUCAUGUCGAGCUAAAGCUAUAUAAAAGAUUUUGGCCUGAAACACUGCUCCAAAAGUGUCUGGACACCUACGACAGAUGUGUUUCCUGAGGGUGGGACGCUCAAAGGCUGCGGUUGGAGCGGAGGCGGCAAAGGGUCCUGCUGUUUUCAAUAGACACUUUACAGAACGUCUUUGGUCUGGCUCCAGAGAUACCACCAAACAUGUCGCACUCUGGAUUUAAUAAGUGCAAUCUUAUGAACUCCUUGGAUUACAAGAUAUUUGUCACACUAAACACUGGAUCCUGUUUGAAUGACAAAUCCCAUCAACAGGGAUUUAUGGAAGCACAUCGGUCGCUGAGAGAAAGCUGCAUGAUUGGAAGCCAUUGAUUGGCUGCGUUCAUCAUGCUGUUCAACAAUAGACUUGGACUCUUGAAGUUAAUCUUUGAGGGAAGACAUGGAGUUUGUCUUGAAAGCUAGAGAUGAAGAGAACUGGAUUUCCACACUGGAAAAAACUAAACUGGAGACUGCAGCUUAGGCCUCUGUGCCAAACAUUACUGUACUAUUAUACUAAAAUGUCUGAAUUUAGCAUUAUCUAACACUGGAGUAGCCAUACACUGAUCAUACUACACUGACUUUAGAGAAGUGCUCUACUGUGUACUGUAGGUAAUCGUACUGAAACAUAUCAGUAAUCUGCUCAUCCUGUACUACUGCCGGAUCAAAAUAAAAUGGAAUAUCGUCUAAAUGCCUGCUUCGAUAACACGCUAUAAAUAUUCACUUAAAAGCAAGUCUCCAAGACCUGGCUUUUAAAGAUUGUUACGAGCCAGUUAUAGCAAAUACCAAAAUGUAUAAAUGCUUUUGGAAAAUCAUGUCAAAGGAUAAAAAGAAACACUUUAUUUCUUAACUUAUUGAAGAAAAAAAAAAGAAAAACGAAGAGGAUAUAAAGUCCUCUGGAUCUCAAGUGUAAUUAUUGUUGCAGACUUGUCAGGUUAUAAGUAUUGGUUGUAAAACUGUUACUGUAA